AACUCUCUUGAGUGCACCUCCUGUUGACAUUGAGACGCCGUGCACAGCCCAUGACACAUUGUAACAGCCAAAGGCAGGUGGAAUCCAAUUCUCAAACCCCAAUCGUUAGACUAAGCAAGAGGUCGUUCAGUGUAAGUACUCCUUGUUCUUGUUUCUGUUUCAUCAUUUUUGAUCUUAUGCUAGUCGAAUCAAUUGUGAUGCUUAGAAUUAGUCAAUGAAGCUCCCUGUGCGUUACUUGAUUGUUAUUUUGACCUUCGUCUGCACCUCGGUUUGCUACAUCGAACGAGUUGGGUUUUCCAUCGCGUACACAGUUGCUGCUGACGGUGCCGGAGUGAAUCAAUCGAGCAAAGGUACAAUACUGUCCACCUUCUAUUACGGAUACGCCUGUUCUCAAGUUCCCGGAGGAUGGGCAGCUCAGAAAAUCGGGGGGAGGAGGGUCCUGCUUCUUUCCUUUCUGUUGUGGUCAUUAACUUGUGCACUACUUCCUCUAGAUCCCAAUCGCGUUAUGCUUUUAGUCAUUGCUCGUUUGCUCGUUGGUAUAGCACAAGGCUUCAUUUUCCCCUCCAUCCACACAGUUCUAGCUCAAUGGGUUCCCCCUCACGAGAGAUCUAGAUCCGUCUCUCUCACCACUUCUGGGAUGUACCUAGGUGCAGCUCUAGGUAUGCUUCUUCUUCCUACUCUAGUCAAGUUCAGAGGUCCUCAAUCUGUGUUUCUUGCGGAGGCCGCAUUGGGCGCUUCAUGGUCUUUACUUUGGUUCAAAUACGCCACUGAUCCCAAAUCCACUGCCUCUGGUGUCGGGGAAUCAGUCUUGCCCGUCAAUAAAAAAAUUGACACUCACAACAAAAAACCGCUUUCAGCCAAAAUCCCCUGGGUCAAAAUUUUAACCAGCUUCCCUGUGUGGGCGAUUGUUGUCAACAAUUUCACCUUUCACUAUGCUUUAUAUGUGCUCAUGAACUGGCUCCCAACCUACUUUGAAUUGGGCCUUCAGCUUAGCCUGCAAGAUAUGGGUUCCUCUAAAAUGAUGCCCUAUCUCAACAUGUUCCUCUUCUCCAACAUUGGCGGUGUUGUCGCGGACUACUUGAUCACCAGGAGAAUAUUAUCUGUCACCAAAACCAGGAAAUUCUUGAACACUGUCGGAUUCUUGGUUGCUUCUCUUGCCUUGGUGAUCAUUCCCAGUUUCAGAACUUCUGGUGGUGCUGUCUUCUGUUCUUCCGUGGCUCUUGGUUUCUUGGCACUUGGCAGAGCUGGCUUUGCCGUGAACCACAUGGACAUUGCUCCUAGAUACGCUGGAAUAGUGAUGGGUGUUUCUAAUACUGCCGGUACGUUAGCUGGCAUUGUUGGCGUUGACCUGACUGGGAAGCUUCUUGAAGCUGCUAAGGCUGCUAAUUCUGAUCUUUCAAGUCCAGAAAGCUGGAGGGCAGUGUUUUCCAUUCCUGGGUUUCUAUGCAUUUUUAGUUCUUUUGUAUUUCUACUAUUUUCAACUGGGGAGAGAAUUUUUGAUUGAGGUAACCUUGUCAUUUUCAUGACUCAUCAGCUGUUGUUAUUCUGAGGAUUUACUUUUUAUUACAUCUCCAUGUUAUAUCAUUCUUGGAUAGGAGAGCUCAUAUUGUCAUAAUUGGAUAUGAAUUUUUGUUGUUAUUAUUAUUAUUUCCCCAUCUUGUACUACUCCUAGUCAGUAAAGGCUACAACCCAGCUUGCAUCAAGAGUCAUAGUUUCCUUUAUGUAUUUCUGAAUGCCAUUUCCAUAGUUUCAUUUAAUUGUAAAGUAUUUUUUGCUCUUUGAAUUUUUUUUGC